GGAUGUACAUCUUCUGUCUUUGACCAUAGCGCUUAUCCGUGCCGUCUCAGGAGUGUUUGUUUAUAUCGUCCGCCAUCUUUUAGUUAGGCAAAAAGUUUCUCAUGGUGUUAAUGAAGUGUAUGUUGUGAGUGUAAAAUGGUUAUUUCGUGCUCUGCAUACAACUGUACGAACCGGUGGAACAAGGAAAGUAACUUAACUUUUCACAGAUAAUAAUUGAAUGUCAAGAAAUGACAACAAUCUCGUAAAUAUCUUGGUCGUUGCCUUGCACGAUACAAUGUGUCUUCUGUUUUGGACGGGUUUCCUCUGCAAAAAGGCGAUUUUCUGAAACAGUGGGUCAUUGCCACUAAACGCAAAGGUUUCACGCCUACAAGGGCUAGUUUCUUGUGUGGAGAUCACUUCUUGGAAGAAGAUUAUUUAGUAAGGCCUGGUACUUCGAGAAGGCAUCUCAAGCCUGAUACAGUGCCAUCACAGUUUGCGUUUCCGACGCAUUUAAUGUCCAAGGAAAAGCAACCAAGGCGGCAGAUUAGAAUAACAACUCAACAGCCUACUGUAGAAACUCAUGAUUAUAUUGAACAGUUUUCUCAGAGUUGUGAAAGAUCGAAGGAAUGUGGAUCUCAAACACACAUAGAAAUGAUUGACACGGCCACUGACACAUGAAGUUUUUUACCAGAUGUCGUGGAGACACUGAGAAGAAAAAUCAAGAGCCUGCAGGAAAAAAUUAGGAGAACAGAGAAGAAAAACUAUUCAAUGAAGGACAUCAUAAGUACUCUGAAAAAGAAUGGUCAUCUAACAGAGAAGCUGCAUGAAUUCCUGAAUCAACAAACAGGGACUCAGGUGGAAUUAGUGUGCAAUUUGUUGAAUAAUAGUGUGUCAUCCAAGGGAAACAGGUACAAAACAGACAUUAAAAUGUUUGCAAUGACAGUGUAUUUUUACUCUCCUAAAGCGUAUGAAUAUUUACAGACAUUAAUGCCUCUGCCUCACAAAUCACUGAUUUCUCGUUGGGCAGAGACUGUGAAUUGUGAUCCGGGCGAUGUAAGUGAUGUGUUCAGGUACUUUGAAUUUAACCAUCAAGUGAGGACUGAAUUUAAAAAGAUCUAGCCUCAUAAUAGAUAGUAUGGCAAUUAGAAAACAGGUAGUGUGGGACCAGGAAACUAAGAGGUAUACAGGUUUUGCAGAUUUUGGAGGAGAAGUUGAACAAUCAAAAGAAGUGAAAGAAACUUCAGAGGCAUUAGUUUUUAUGCUCGUGUCCAUAUAAGGUAAAUUUAAGUGUCCUGUAGCGUAUUUUUUAGUGAAUGGCUUUGAUGGCAGUGUGCAGGCAAAGUUAAUAAACUCUGCUGUGGAGAGGCUAAGCAAUUCAGGCAUCAGAAUUUGGGCAGUAACUUGUGGUGGCACAAGGACUAAUAUAAGUACUGUUCGUUCAUUGGGAUGCAGUAUUAAUUUUCAUCAAAACUUUUUUUCUUCUCAGUCUCUUCACCCAAACCUCAAUGUUUACUGUGUUUUGGAUAUGUCAUUUAGUGAAACUUGCUCGAAAUGCAUUAGCAGAAGUAGGUGUUAUAGAGUCUACAAAUGGCCAUAUUAAGUUUCAGUACUUAAAAGAACUAAAUGAGUUGCUAAUUGAGGAAGGCAUGACAUUUGCUAACAAGUUGUCAGGACAACAUAUUAAUUAUGUUAGUAAAAAGAUGAAUGUCAGCUUAGCAGUUCAAACACUCAGUUCUAGUGUUGCAGAUACUAUAGAUUUUUUUUAGAAGAGCUGGCAAUCCCAGAUUCCAUGGUAGUGAGGCAACAGUGGAGUUUUUGAGAUUUAUAGACAGAAUUUUUGAUGUCUUUAACUACAGAAAUCCUCUAGCUUCAGGAUAUAAAGCCAGCCUGAAACUCAGUAAUCAGGCAUAUUGGCUUGAUAUUUUUCAUAAGACAGAAUCUUAUAUAAGAAGUUUAAAAGUAAAUGGUGUUUCUCUCCUGCAGCACCCAAGAAAUACUUUUGCCUUUGGCAUAAUUUUGAACAUGCAUUCGAUUAGAGCCAUUGCAUUGGAAAUAAUGACUAGGGAAAAUUCUCCUCUGCAAUAUUUAUUGAUGUAUAAGUUUUCCCAAGAUCAUAUUGAACUCUUCUUCUCGUGUGUGAGAUCUAGAGGGGUUGGAAUAACAACCCAAAUUCAUAUCAGUUGAAGUGUGCUAUGCGCACGUUGCUUUUAGGCACUAAUGUUAGCACUGUUGGGGGAAAGUGUACAAAUUUUAAUGUGUGUUCAAUGGUACCUGUAGGACUGUAUGACGUCCAAUCACAAAAGUGUCCUCUUGUAGACGAUUCUUGUAUGUUUGUAGACAAAGUAGAAAAAUGGUGCUCACUUGUUGAAGAGGGUACUCCAUCAACAUCUGGUUCAGCCACUGGAACAAGUUCUGUAAACGAACAUCACGUCGACCACGAGGUAUCAGACAGCGAAGAAGACGAAGACGGACAAGAAGAAACACAACAACAUUCUGAACCACAACGUUUAGUACCUUAUUCUGAUAGUGAGGAAGGUAUGAGUUCGCCAAUGCAGGUAGAUUCAGGUAAACGUCAGGCUGCAGCUGCUCAAUCUGGUGGAUCUAAGAAAAAAAAAAAAAAACGUUACCAGGGACUGGAGCACCAUCUGCUAACGUACUGGGUGAUUCUCCUAAUACUCGUGUUGAUCCGUUACCUGCUCCUUCUAUAUUAGAUACUGGUAAUAUUACAAGAUAUCGCAAAGUACAUAGAUUUUUCACAUAUGGUUUAGCAUAUAAAGUGAUUGAACAUGAAAAGGUAGUAUGCGUGGUUACUCCUUUGGCAGAAAUUCCCGUUGAUAGGCCAUUUUUGUAUAUGACACCUUCUGAAUUCGAUUUAUUACCUGAUGGUAGUAGAAUUGUUCAUUGUUCUGUAAAAGUAAUUGCACGAAAUCCUAGAAUUGCUUUUCUGACUAUUUCAAGUGAUACAGAACUUGCAACAUUAAAUCAAAAUAAGAAUAUGAUUACAAGUGUAGGGAUUAAUUUGAAAAUACCGGAUAUUAAUGUAAAGCCUACAGCAUUUACUGCAAAUGCACCUAUGGAAACAAUUGCCAUAGAUCAUACACGAAAGUUUGAUUCCAUUUGGAAGUCAUGGUAUGGUUAUAGAAAUGAUGAAGCAGAGUUUCUUACUAAAGUGCCUGCACAUCAAUUUGGACAACCCAUUAAUUUGAAAUAUUAUUAUGCGUGUGUUUCUAGCUCAAAAGAUAAGGGUUUACAUAAUUGGGGUUGGAAAUGUGUACAGUCUUGUGUUUCUGAAGUAGAUGCCGAUGCACAAACAGGAAGUGUUAUUGUUGACUAUACUUAUACACCAACAUUGGGUUUCCUCAAAAUUCCAAAAGUAGCCAAUGUUGAUAUUUUUCCUAUUACAAGUACUGCUCAAAAUGUAAUUCAAAGGUAUAAUAUUAAUGCUGAUAAGCACUGUAAUCCUUUUAUGUCAUGUGAUAGUUUUUCUUUAACCCCCUUUGAACCAGCAAGAAUGGAAGAACAAUUAGUAGGAGCUGUUAGUCCAGUGACAAAUGCAGAAGCAUCGGGAUAUAAUAAUUUAAUAGAAAAAGCUGAUAUUGCUUCUGCGGGGUAUAAUAUUAGACUUCAUGAUACAAAUGUUCAACCGAGCCUUCAUGUAGGCAUUAAUCCUACAUAUGCUUUAAGCACAAGCAGUUUAAAUAGUGAUGUUACAAAAUAUACUGAUACUCAAAUGUUGUUUGAAGUUAUUGCAGAAUGUUCAGUGUAUGCAGAUGGUCUAGAGACACAUUACCCUAGAGCAACUGUAUCAAAUGUUCAAGUAUCAGAUAUGAUUUAUAUGUCUAAUGUAAAAAGGAAUGAGGAAUCAUCUGUUUAUAAGGGGCAAUAUGAAAUUAAACAAUUGUAG